CAAACUGUAAACGCACAAGUUAGGAGAAAUGCGACGUUUUGUCCAGUUUAACGUCCUCGAUUUAGCGGCGAUACGUGUAAGGCCGUCGACCUUCGGCCAAAAGAGUAACUGCGACUAUAUGAAGGUGGCUACUAGCUUUGAAGGUAGAUCCAUGGUCUUGUGGUUCAUCGACAGCAAAACUCUGUUUCAUGGUGGCUGUCAUCAAAAAGAGUAACAUAUGUUUGCACAAUUCAGGGAAAGGCCUCAAAAAAUUGAGUGCGGCACUUGCAUGCACCAUCGAGCGCAGGCAUGUCCGAGGUGACCGAACUUGAAAUCGGGGACGAGGUGUUGCAGAAUAACGGCGGGUUUUCCUUGACUUGUGACGUGCCAAGUUCACCUUUCGGAGACUCCGACGUGUCUUCCGUAGAAGGGAACGAAGAAACGGCAGUGAUGGAAGUUGAAUACAUUCGUACCACAAAAGUAGAGCAAUCAUUCGGCAGUAAGGCUAUUAUUUCUCUUGGAAAACAAGCCACGGUCGGUGCUAGCGAUGUAUUUGUCGGCUCAAGCCACCCUUUUCAUCACACAUCCGAAUCGGCUUCGCCGCAAGCAAUCAGCGUUAAUACAUUCAAACACCUUGAAGAGAAUGCAACGAGCACGACGAAUUCCGUAGCGGGAAAACAUAUAGGAAAGCGGUCGGAUCACCAACCGCAGAAACAGCCGAGAUCGUCUUUUGCUUUACUUGAAGAACGUUCAGCGGGUACGGCCUUGAGGCCGAAGACCGCCUCCUUAGAUCAGGAUGGGCGUUCAACGCCGCGGGCUGCGCUCAUGCACAGUCUACUACUGAGUACUUCAGUUCCGCCAAUAUCUUCGGUGGAUCCGGUUUGUAGAUCGUCAAAGGAGUCCCGACAAGGGCAGCGUUACAUCCCAGUCGAAACGACCUUCUACGUGGACACCGUUUUGAAUCGAAAUGAAAUGGAGUUACUUUGGCUAGGAGAAGAGAGCAUGUGUUGCCUGUAUAGAACCGAGUUCGACUUUGACUUCGUAUGGGAGUAUGCUUCCGAAUCGCUGAGGAUGGAACUUAGAAAGUUCAGCCCGGACUCAUCGGAAAACCAAAAAAUUAUGCAAAUUGUGCGCACGGAAGACAUCAUCAUUGGCAAACGAUUUACGAUUUUGAGAGAACAGGUCCGCCUCGCGCUCGGAAAGGGUUUUCGGCGUCCUAUGAUGAAAUCGGUUAUUGCCGAUCUCCGGUUGCAGCAGAGAGAUUCGAAACUCAAGGUCUUUCCGCCUUUGAAGCCGGGGGUGUGAGACUGGAAGGCAGAUUGGAAUGAAUUGCUGCUAUGUAAUUUCUUUAAAUUUUUACAAGCGGCAGUUGUUUUUAUCCUGCGACGUCAAAAGGUCUUCUUUGUUUGCGAAACGCAAAGGCUGCUAGGACCGCCAAAACUUUUUACACGACAAUCCUUGAUGUGAUUUCAAUUGAAAGAGCACACGAGAUUGUGGCUGCUGACCAAGGUCGCCCAUACAUUCGACUGCUUCGACAAUUGUCGCCAUUCAACUUUGCAGAGAAUUGCUGUACUAAUGUAAAUGAAACGUUUAAGAUUGU